AUGACAGACGACUGCAUCGCCUUUCUCAAUGCUUGGGCCAAGGGAAACGACAUCCCCACCAAAUCCGCCGCCCCUCCUAGACUUCUCUCCGCCUUCACUAAGCUCUUGAUAGAUCCCACCAUCCCAGCCAUCGAUCUCGCACAUGAAGCCGUCACCCCACCUCCACGGGAGCACGCCUACGAGCCGGAACCGACGCCUCCCAGCACAGAUAUCCUCUAUGCCAUGAUCAUAGAUGCGGUCAAGAACUUGACCGAUAUGAACGACCGGCUGGUGGACUUCACCGAGGCAUUAGCAGGGCUUCCGAGUGGGGAAUACGGGAAUUUAAAUGGAUUAGCGAUGACCAUUGAUGAGUUUUCGUGGGGCCUCCACGACGGAGGCGGCAGUCGGCAACAAAACCGCCAAACCUGGUUCAAUUUGAACGCCUAUACCGCCAAGUUGGCGGCAAUCGGGCUCCCCCAUCGGGGGGCUAUCAGUCGUGGCGGCUGGGUGCUGCAGAGGACGCUCGAGAGGCAGUGGCAGCAGUGGGAUUUGGGGAGUCUGGAUGGGUAUGUUCCAGCCGCUGCGGUGUGGAUCCGCCACUGCGGCUCGCGGAUCUACCAGCAGAAGGGGCGGUUGGAGAACGUUCGGGGCUCAACGUGGAAGGGUCAGCAAGUUUGGUCCAGGGAGCGAUGGGAUUUCUGGAAGAAGCGGUUUCAGUGGGUGAUGACCCAGAAGACUCUUAAGAAGCAUACGCGGGAUGAGGCAGGGGAGUGUGUGGAGCGGAUGGAGGACAUUGAGAAGCGGUUUUGAUUGCGUUACAAGCAAUUUUCGAGUGUCAGGUGUUUGGUCUGUGAUGUUUUGCCCGAGAUGUAUUCCUCACGAUCAGAGAGUGGUUCGAAA